AUGGCAUGGAUGGAUUUGCUUCUUUUGUUUAUGCAGGAGGUUCCAAAACUGCAAGAAUUGAGCUGUGGGAGACACGUCAAAACAUCCAAGACUCCAUUGACAAAGCUUGGAUUAUGUGAGGGGAUUUUAAUUGGAUUUUAUCUCUUGCUAAAAGGAAGGGGGGGCAGAACUCCCAAUCCUGUCGCUAUAUCUAAUUUUAAUGACAACAUUCAAAAAACUGGUUUAUUUGACCUUGGAUUUAGUGGCCCUGCCUUCACCUGGAGAAGGAAGAAUAUGUGGGAAAGACUAGAUAGAGUCUUUGCUAAUGACCACUGGAUUCAAAACUUCUUGCAGACUAAUAUCAAUCAUUUAAGCCUUGCUGGAUCUGAUCACAGGCCUUUGGUGAUCACCAUUGGCCCUAAUAGCAGCUGUCAGAAGAGUACUUUUAGGUACUUGAAUGUUUGGUCACAACAUAAGGAUUUCUUGCAAAUUAUAAAAGAUAAUUGGAAGAAUGAUUCACACCCUGACCCCUUCAUCCGCUUAUGGCAAAAGCAGAAAAAGAUUGUGGAAAAGGUUGAAAAGGAGUUGCUUGAUCUGGAGGUGGAGCACAACAAAGGUAAUACUGAUGAAAUUGCUCUUUUAGAGGCUAAUGAGAGAGUUCUAACUGCUCUAAACUGGCAAGACCAGUUCCUAAAGCAAAAAGCUGCCAAGACUAAAUUUACUGAAGGGGAUAGAAAUACAAAAUUUUACCAUGCCUGCAUUAAUUACCAGAGAAAGUGCAACACUAUUCAUUGCAUUAAAGAUCAAAAUGGUACUUGGCUCGGGAAGGAGGAGGAGAUUGCUAAAAGUGUUGUCUUAUACUGCCAAAACCUCAUGAAUGAGCACAAAACUGAUAGAGACCACAUAGAGAAAACUUUGUUUUCUGAAAGCAGUCAGUACACAACCCACUUAAAUAUGACAGACAUACCUUAG